AUGGGUUUCGAACCAUGUUCGGAUACGCAUCGAGCCGAAGCUGUGUAUGUUCGUAGCUACAGUACCUUGGCCAGUUUGGCGGAGGGUGUGGUGGAGAGUGCCCCGGUUGCAAACAAAAAGUUGCACGAAUUGUUGUCUAUGGAGGAGUGGAGAAGGGUGAAGAGUAUAACGAGAGAAGACUUGGAGAAUUGUCAGUUGGCUUACUUGGAGCUUGGAGCCAUCAUCUCCAUGUUUCUGUCUGACCCCUUUGGAGAUGUGACGUUGGAGACGAAGGCGUGGCUAGGUCCGAUACUGGGGAAUCAGAAGGUGACGCUAUCGGGGAGCCAAAAGGGGCAGCUGUUGUGGAGACAUUGCGACAGUAAUUGGGUGACAGGUUGCUUUCUACAGCGUUCCGACGUCCCGACGGAUAAGCUGGUCAACUUUUGUGUGGAUACGCUGCACUAUAUGCCUGUGGUGAGAAACGUGAUCCUGGAGUGUUUGAAACCCACACCACGGCCUCGGAACUACAGGAACCGAAAAUCGGUAGCGGGUGCUCGGGAAAUACUAAUGCGUAUCAUGGCAGGGUUAUCAACGUCCUCCCUUGGUGCCGAAAGAUUUGGAAAACUGAUAGUAUCAACACCAGCGACCAAGAAAAGUUUCUUUCCUUCUAUAGAUGUUACGACCUUACCGUCAACGUCGCCCCGUUUAUUCCUAGACAGACCCAUCAGGUCUGUGUCAUGGACAAAAGUUAAGGACGACAGUAUGUCACGACACACAGUUUAUAGACGCACUCAAGCCAGCUUCUCAAGGUAUGCAAAAUCUCAGGAUCCAAAAACAUCAGUGUUCCCACAAGACGACGUGGAACUAAAGUUAGACAAUCUGCUUGAUGGAGAUUGGACAAGUCUGAAUGGAUUGAAGGGGGAGGAUGUGUUGAAGUCUACUCUGGCCUAUUUCGAGCUGGGGACAAUUAUAGAGAAAUAUAUACUUGGUGCCUUUGGAAGUGUAUGUUCUUCCAUGUUGCAAAAGGUGGCCACAGCGAUGCAUGACGGACGUCGAUCAUUACCAGUUCGGGGGUGGAUCGCAGGGUGUAUAUUACGCUAUUCGAAAGUACCCAUUUACAAUCUAAUCCAAUUCUGUGUUCGUGACCUCAGUUAUAAACCGCCCGAAAGACCGAUUUUAGAAUGUCUUAGAUUCAAAUCGAACACAACCUUCAGGACUAUAGAAGAUGGUAGGCAUGAGGAGUAUUGCGCGAGCAUGAUUGCUCGACUAUCUGGCCUAUCUGAUAUCGUAUCAAUCCCUGAAUGGAUCGCAUUAACAUCAGAUAAAGAGCGGCUACUCAGAUAUAUAGUCCAACAGACACUCCCGAGUUCUGAACCACCGAGUUCUGAACCACCGACCGUACCAUCAAAAGAGGCGAAACGAACUACGCAAGCCAAACGGACUACGGAGACUGAAGAAGGGUGCCUUUCUUACAAGAGAAGAAAGCCAUACGCACAUGUGACUUCGACCACGGAAGAAGGCGGAUUCAUGUAUUGCCAUCCCAAUGAUCUGAUCGAAUUCCUGGACUGGGUUGAAUCAGGAAUGUGCGAACAUCCAGCCAGAAUGCCCUGCUCCUCGUGA